GCCUUCGAGCGCUGGGGAAGCACAACACAUCGCCUCCUGUGCUGGACAGCAUUUCCUACCAUGUCCUCUGCUUCCACAAGAGUAUUGUCCUUCGCCCAGAAUUUUUGGCCCCUUUGGUUAGCCUCAACACUGCCUGCAACCACUAGAAAUGUGCCAUCGCUUGUCCGUCCACUGCAUAAACUGAACACCAGCUCUCGCAGCCUAACAACUGUAUGCUCUCUGAGGUCUGAACAGAAAAUAAACAUUACAUUUGUAUACCGUGAUGGAGAAAGGGUUGAAGUCCAAGGUCGUGAUGGAGACACACUUCUAAAUGUUGUUGUUGAUCACAAACUGAAAAUCGAAGGUUUUGGUGCAUGUGAGGGAACACUGGCCUGCUCCACAUGUCAUGUCAUCCUUGACGAAUCCAACUACAAUAAGCUGGGCAUUGUCUCAGACGAGGAGAUGGACCUACUGGACCUGGCCUUUGGACUCACAGAAACGUCUCGUCUGGGUUGCCAGAUCUGCCUGUCUAAUCACCUGCAUGGGAUGGUGGUGCGUGUUCCUGAUAGCGUGAAUGAUAUUCGGCAGACAGAUGGUGCUGGCCCCUCCUCCUGAAACUCUCACCUGACCUAUGACCUCAGAGAUUAUGUCAUAAUAACUCAGCACCUAGCAAAAACUUUACAGUUAAACACAGCUGUUGUUUCAGGAUUAGAUGUUGACAGACAUAUCAAAAUACUAGUUUAUGUUAAUGAAUUAAUUUAACCUCUGCUUUUCAUAAAUAUAUUAGCACUGUAUCAAAACAUCUGUUUAGAGUAGUUUUUGUCCAGACAUACAUGCAAUCUAUCAACUGAACAGGACCAACUGGGCUCAACCACGAAGGCAUUAUAGACCUGGAGAGAGUGAGGAAGUAAAUGGUGUCUGACAGGUGAUCACUUCCUGGUCCGUAUAAUCAAGAUCUCUUUCAAAUACAUCCUUUCUCAUUCUGCAUGAAGGAAGAGAAACCAGAAGAUCAUUAGUCUGUGUUCCUUGAUCAACAACUUGGACAGUGCUUAUCACAGAACAUGAAAGAAUUCCUGUUGCUGUAUGAUUAGCAUUGCAGCCAUGAACUGAAUUACACAUCCUCAAAUAAAUAGGGCGUUUUGGCGUGUCCGA